AUCUAUUUUGACCUCCUUUCUAUUAAAAAAAUAAACUGUCAAACAAAAAAAAAGAUUGAUGAAUCUUCGCGCCAAAAUAAACGUCACUUUCAACCGCGCAACGGCUAAUUAAAAAACAAAAACAUGAAAAAUUAAUCGCGUUCCAAUUUACGAAUAAUGAGAGCAUAAUUCGAUAUUUUUAUCCGACGUUUUUCGGUUUCAGUGGCAAGGAUAAUAAGUGAAAGGGAUGGGUGAUGUAAUUUCUUUGCGGUUAGACAAGGACCGCGCUAUUGUGUACUUUCUCAUAUAGAUUUGUUGAAAGCUGCGAUACUAUACGUUCAGCGUUCAGUUUUCAGGGAGCGUUUCGCGAGAGACGACGUCGCGUCGAGUUUUAUCGGAAUUUUCGCAAUUUAAUACAUGUGAUUUAUAAAAAAAACUAGCCAUGUCUCUUGGGGGUGAUUUUCGAAAAGAUAUAACCUUAACGAGGGUUCGGUCUCGUUAUAAUGGUUAAAUGUGUAAAAAAAUCCCUUUUGGACAUCAAAACAAACUCGGUUAUUUGAUUUGAUGGAAUUUUGUGCGUAUAUAUUUGUGUUGUAAAUAUUGAUACCUUUGCUUCAGUGAAACGUUAUUAAAAAAAAACAAAGUGCAAUGUGAUGUGUCGUUCGGAGAAUCGAUUUUGAAUUUGGAAUUUUAUUGACAGAUGAACAUGGAUUUGGAUCCGCUAUUCAUAUCAGAGUGAUAACGAGACGUCAGCAAGAUGACUGCAACAAAAACGGAUAUGCAGCACGCGGGCAGCAGCUUUCAAUGGGACAAGCUGUCGCCCGCCGAGUUCCAGCAGCUGCAGGAGUUGACCUCGUAUUCAACGAAAAAGCUUCAAGAUGUCCUCAAAGAAUUUUGUGAAGUCAAAAAGCAGAGUUCCGAUGGGGAUAUCGACUAUGAAGGCUUCCGCUGGUUCCUGGACACCUUCCUUGAAGUCACCACUCCUGAUGAACUCUCCAGACACCUGUUCCUAUCAUUCGUCCGUCGAGACCGGCGGCCCGCGCUCCGGGAGAUGGCGGCUGCGAGCUCCACCGCCGCGUGCGCCGCCGUCACCGCGCAUGCUGAUCACCAGGUACGUCAGGGCAAACUAAGCUUGGCAUCUAAGAUCCACGGCCUUGCUGAGAGGUUGCAACAGCUGGGCAAGAGUUCGGGGGACUCCGUCGAUGGAAGUGAUAAGGGUUCUCGAAGUCGAACAGGAAGCGUCCACCCAAUGUUCACGGUGACCACGCACCCAUCCUACUCUUCCCACGAGCUGUGCUUAGACCGGCGUAACGAGACCAGUCCUAGUCACAGCCAGAUGUCUCGGAACUCCAGCCGGAAGAGCAGCAACUCGCUCAGGGUCAACCAGUCCACUAAGAUCGAAGAUUUCCGUCACCUUAUGCGUCGCUCCUCUACCCUGGAGGUUCACACCGCGCGGGUGUCCCUCAAGGACAUCGUCUGCUACCUGUCGCUGUUAGAGGCUGGGCGACCUGAGGAUAAGUUGGAGUUCAUGUUCCGCCUCUACGAUACGGAUGGUAAUGGAGUGCUCGACACCAACGAGAUGGACUGCAUCGUCAACCAGAUGAUGACGGUGGCCGAGUACCUGGGCUGGGAGACGUCGGAGCUAAGGCCGAUCCUACAAGACAUGAUGGUGGAGAUAGACUACGAUGCUGACGGUACCGUGUCUCUCGACGAGUGGAAACGAGGAGGCAUGACAACUAUCCCUCUUCUCGUCUUGCUCGGGUUGGAUACAAACGUGAAAGAAGACGGCGAGCACGCGUGGAGGCUGAAGCAUUUCAGCAGGCCCGCGUACUGCAACCUCUGCCUCAACAUGCUGGUCGGCCUCGGCAAGAAGGGACUCUGCUGUAUAUUCUGCAAGUUCACCGUGCACGAGCGAUGCGUGCAGCGCGCGCCGGCGUCGUGCAUCGCGACCUACUCCAAGUCCAAGCGCGCACCCGCCACGCUGGCGCAUCACUGGGUUGAGGGCAACUGUCACGGCAAAUGUGCUCGGUGUCGGAAAAAGAUCAAGGGCUACAAUGGUAUCACUGGACUGCACUGCCGAUGGUGUCACAUCACUCUCCACAACCGCUGCGUGGGCAGUGCAGGUGGAUCCUGCUCGCUCGGUCGUCACGCGCGUCACAUCUUGCCGCCGCCCGCCAUCCGCCCACUGGUGCUCGACCGACAACGCUCGUUGCCGCAUCGUCCUCAUCACGACCAGCAAUCCCUCCCCACCUCAAUAUCCCUCCCAAUAUCAAUAGCAGCGACCUCCGAAGAGAGAAAAGAGGAGAAAGAGAAGCGAGAACCUCGGGCUCCCCCCAUCUCCUUCCAGAUCACUCCUCCCGAUGGCUCAUGCCCGCUGCUCGUCUUCAUCAACCCGAAGUCUGGAGGCCGGCAGGGGUCCAGGGUGUUGAGGAAGCUGCAGUACAUCUUGAAUCCAAGACAAGUACAUGACAUAGCCAAGGGAGGACCGACGCAAGGUCUCCAGAUGUUCAAAGACGUAAAGAACUACCGCGUGAUCUGCUGCGGGGGAGACGGAACAGUCGGCUGGGUGCUGGAGACUAUGGAUAAAGUGCAGAUGGAAACACAACCGGCUGUGGGAGUGAUACCACUGGGGACAGGCAACGACUUGGCGCGAUGUCUGCGGUGGGGAGGAGGAUAUGAAGGCGAGUCCAUCCACAAGAUCCUGGAUAAGAUAGCUCGCGCCAGCACCGUCAUGAUGGACCGGUGGCACAUACACGUCGAGAACUCUACCGCUGAUUGUGAGCAGCCCCAGCUGUUCUCGUCGGACUCGGCGCCGCACCCCACCACCGUCCCGUACAACAUCAUCAACAACUACUUCUCCGUCGGAGUUGAUGCAGCGAUCUGCGUAAAGUUCCACACGGAACGAGAGCGGAAUCCGGACAAGUUCAGCUCUCGGAUGAAGAACAAGCUCUGGUACUUCGAGUUCGCCACCUCCGAGCAAUUCGCAGCCAGCUGCAAGAAUCUACACGAGCAUAUUGAUAUUGUGUGCGACGGUUCCUCCCUGGAGCUGAGCAAGGGCGGCGCCCUGCAGGGCGUGGCGCUGCUGAACAUCCCGUACGCGCACGGGGGUUCCAACCUGUGGGGCGCCGGCGCCGCGCACCGCCGGGGGCGCUUCCCCAACGCGCAGCAAGAUAUUGGCGACAAACUAAUAGAAGUGAUUGGUUUGGAGAAUUGCCUACAUAUGGGACAAGUCAGAACAGGUCUCCGGGCAUCAGGCCGACGGCUGGCUCAGUGCAGCUCCAUCACUCUGACAACCAAAAAGACAUUCCCCAUGCAAAUAGAUGGGGAGCCGUGGAUGCAGCCUCCUUGCAAGAUUACUAUAACUCAUAAGAAUCAAGUUCCAAUGCUGAUGGGACCAGCGCCGGAGAAAGGGAGAGGAUUCUUCAAGCUCUUCACUCACUGCUAACUUCACUCAGUGAAUCAAUCAACUGAUUUAUCAAUCAAUCAACUCAAAUACCUACUUCAACUUAGAACAUCAAACUAUACAAUAUGUAUCCGAUUCAUAAGUGAUAUAAAUUUAAUAACACAUUAAAAUGUUUUCAAUGACAACUAAUUGAAAAAUCAGUUUCAAUUUUAGUCAUCCAAUCAAUUUAAUUAUGAGUAAUUUUCGCUUUAAGAUUAGACAGAAAAUUACGCUUAACUAUUGAUUCAUUAUUAAAUGAUGUAACGGUUUACUCACGCAUAUGUAUCGGGGUAGCUCGACUUUUAGACUAUUUCGGGCCGCGUCUGCUCAUGAUUAAGGACUCCGGUUGGGUCCGAAACUAGUCGGGCUAC